AGUUUCCGGUUCGGGUUCACUCACUUUAGAGCCAGAUAAAUUCCAGCAGGAUUUUUUAUAUUCGGGUUGUUUGAGGCCGCUAGCUACGGGUUGUUGUAUUAGUGUUGUACUUUAUCUUCUUGUACAACCAGCAGUAUUUUGAACUAGUCUUGUAGGACGUCUUGUAGGACAUGAUUAUGUUGACAUUUUUAGUAGACCACAACAACAUCAGCCUCGGUGGACAACAAGAAUGAAGAUAGCCUCAUCAGUUGGUCUACUAAACGGCGCGUUUUCUAUUUCUGCUUUGACGUGUUGUGUAGUACUAGUAUCCAACACAUGCUGGCCGACGCUUCUUGCGUAAGGCUGAUGCAGAAGGAGUGUCUGCAAGCUGGAGUCGAGCCUCGUUGUAAUUGUGCUUGCUUGAUCCUGGUCGGUCGCCGACGCCGUUGACGUGGUUGCAGGGUCUAGAAGUUGUGGGCGGAGACGAGCCUGUACGUUUAUGCCGCUACAGUAUAUUAAGCAUACGCAUAGACGUCGCCUGAAGCCUUUAGUUUGCAGUCGAGAGCUCGAGUGCUACUGCUGGGACGAAACCCUAAACCCUUGAUGGACAAAGAUUAGACCUUCGCAUCAACAACGCCCUCCAUCAAAAACAUCCUCGUACAUCAACGACGCAAAGCACAUCAACUGGUCAAAGAUCGGAAGCUAAAAAGAAGAUCAUCCUCAUCAUCCUCUUGUUCCUCCAAGAAUAGUACAAAAUGGCUGACGGAGGUGUUGCUACCAUUUUCGGCGUUCUUCAGCCAGAAGAGGAGGAGAUCUUGAUCUCAGAGUUGGAAGUCCAGCAUGGACCAGCAGUGGCAAAGAAAAUGAAACGGCAUUUUCGGUCAAGUGCCAACGAAGAUGAGAAAGAUGAAAAAAUACUGUGCCAACAACUGGCGCAAGCCGCCUCAUUGUCAGAAGACGCGGCAGAGAAAGUUAUCGAAUGGUAAAAAUGCUUAUGCUUCUACAACUUUUGACAGUGGUAUCGAGUUUGAGUGAUGAAUUUUUAGCUUGGGCUUAGCUUGCUAUAGCAUACUGAAUCGUUAUUUCUUGUCAAUAAACCAUUCACAGGUGUCGAAGAAUCGUCCACGACAUGCAGCAGAUAGGCGAAGAAAUGCGAGAAGGUGGCGAAGACCUUCCAGACGGGGACGAAGCCGAAGACGGCGCGCCACAAGCCGGCUCACAUGUAGGUGGCAAUAGUACUAACGGAAACUCCAGUGCUAAUAACGGCGGUAUUGCCGCAAGUGGCGGUCCUUCGGGUGGAAUCCAACUGAGUACCAAUAGCUCAUCAGGAGGUGUGGUGUUACAACCAGCUAGUGGUAACCCGAGUAGUGGAGUAGUAAUACAUCCAGCAAAUAGCAAUGCGAAUGGAGGAGCACAAGACCACAAUAGGAACGCUGGUGGAAGUAUAAUAACGCCAGCAGCGGAUAGACCGAGGAGACAAGGAGGGACGUUGGGGAUAUUUGCCUCGGCUGUCGGACAGGUACUAUAAUUGAGUCAAACGUGAUGUUAUCAGAAUCAGAGCAAGUGACCAAUCAAAUUUCUCGUAGUUAGAAGACUGAGAAUUAUGAGUCAUUCCCUGGGUUCUCCGACUGCGAAUACAACAUCUUCAUCGAGCCCAGGUCUUCAGCUUCUCAAUUUCAAACUCCUCCAACUCCAUUCUUUCUUCUAGGUAAAAAACCAGUCACGGCAAGGCCAGCAGCCACCUACAGUUAGGCCUCCACAAAGAGCGCGACCCUCUAGGUCACGGUCUAGAUCUGUGGCUAGUGAGGAAGACGUCUCCGACAUUAGCAACGAAGAGCCUAGAGCACGAGCAAACGCUAGGGAAGGUAAUUUAGCGAGUUGAACUUCAAGGUUUCUCUUUGUGAAAUCAUGAAAACUGCAGCCGGAAAGAAUAGUUGGGAAAGGAUGGUAGAGGAACAAGAUCUUGAUUUUAGAUAGUGAUAGUGCUGGAUUUUCUUCAUAGACUAUGCAACACUAUAAAUAUGAUUCGUCCUAUCUUGGUGUUCUACAACUCAAACUUCAGCUGCUCCUCCUGCGAAGCGGUUUCGUGCUGACGAAGACGACGUGCGAGCCGAAGAAUCAGAGGGGGAACAAGUACGCAAGAAAGAGAAAAAAUUGAAGAAGGUAAUCAUGAUAAAUUUGGUUAACAGAUGAUGUUUCACUGGAAAGACUUGUCACUGUACUAGUGUGCUAGGCUAUCAUGCGAAUACGAAUUCACCAUUCUUGCCGGUUAGGAUCGCGAAUACGAAGCUAUAAUUUCUCUAGACUCACCACCAUUCAUCCACGUCUCAUCUCCACACGCCCACAGGAAAAGCGCGAAAAGAAGAAAAAGAAGAAAGCAAAGAAAGAAAAGCGGAAGGAAGAGGAAGAAAGGUCGCCACCUGCAGUCGAGCCAGGCAAUAUGGUCCAUCUGGGGAAUGGUAUUGUUACAAUCGUUGCAUGAUUUGAACUAUUUUUAUUUUUUUACAGUAGGAGUUUUAUGCUUCAGCAAUAAAACAAUGAACAGGACGAGCUACAAGAUGAGAUGUAGCCUGAAAUACAAGAAACUACAACAGGUUUAACUGGGCAAGUCGUUAUGAUGUCUAG